AUGGCCGUCCGCGGCGGCAACGCCCUGACGCCCUUCUCCAUCCAGGCCAUCCUCAACAAGAAGGAGGAGCGCGCCCGCCACGCGGCGGGGCGGCUGCCGCCCCCGGGGCCGGCCGGCGGCUGGCGGCUGUGCGGCGUCGCCGAGGGCCCGCCGCUCCCCGCGCACGGCGCCGCCCGCGCCCUGGCCCCACGGACGCCAGCGGGCUGGGACUCGGACUCCGCCCUCAGCGAGGACCCCGAAGGCGAACGGCGCUCUGAGGAGGAGAGCGCCGGUGUCGGCGCCCGCCCCGCCGAAGCCGCGGGCGAGGGGCGGCCGGCGGACGAAACGCAGCCCACGGAGCCGGCGGAGCGGGACGCCGCCGGCCUCAGUGACAGCGAGAUGUCGGCCACAGUCUCAGAUCGCAGCCCCCCGGAGGAGGAGGACGGAGCGGGCAAGUGCGGCAAUCUGCUACCAGGGGAGGAGGAGGCGGCGGCACCAAAGCCGCGGAAGAAGCGCUCCCGCGCAGCCUUUUCCCAUGCGCAGGUCUUCGAGCUGGAGCGGCGCUUCAACCACCAGCGGUACCUGUCGGGGCCCGAGCGGGCCGACCUGGCCGCCUCGCUGAAGCUCACCGAGACGCAGGUGAAGAUCUGGUUCCAGAACCGGCGCUACAAGACCAAGCGGCGGCAGAUGGCCGCAGACCUCCUGGCCGCUGCCCCUGCCGCCAAGAAGGUGGCCGUCAAGGUGCUGGUGCGCGAUGACCAGAGACAGUACCACCCCGGAGAGGUGCUGCGGCCGCCCUCGUUGCUCUCCCUCCAGCCCUCCUACUACUACCCCUACUACUGUCUGCCCGGGUGGGCUCUGUCUACCUGUACCGCAGCUGCCAGCACCCAGUGAGGGGCACACAUACACACACACACACAACUCCCCCCACCACACACACUGGCAGCCAGGAAAUCUAUCUCCCCUCUGCCACCCCCCCAUCCAUCCAUCCAGCCGGCUUCUCAAACCCAGAGCCCCAGCUGCAGCUCUCAGUGCCUCGGACAGUAUUUAUUAUUAUUUUAUUGUUAUUUUUAUUAUUAAUAUUAUUUGGAUGGUUCCUCACCCUCUCC